AUGUGGGCCAAUACUCAACAGUUUGGGACUAGAUACGACAAUCCUCCGGUGAAUGAGGUAAGUAUAUCUUCCCUUGAUGAUCGUUUUGAUAAACUUUUGUCCCUUGUUGAAGGAUAUGUCGAAGAAAAAUACCAACGGGUGAAGGCUUGUGGAAUAUGCAAUUCCAUGGUACAUCCCACCAAUUUGUGCCCUAUGCUUCAAGAAGAAACCAUCGAGCAUGCCAAUGUUGUUGGAGGACUUUUUGGACCACCACAAAGAGGAUAUGAUCCUCAUUUCAACAUGUACAAUCCAGAAAGGACAGAUUACCCCAGUUUUAGCUAUAUUUCACAAUCUCAAAACUGGCCACCACCUCCUCCACCUAGUCCCACGCCUAGCCCAUCUCUCGAAGACAUGAUGAAAGCACUAGUGACCAACACACAACAGUUCCAGCAACAGACCCAAAUGAGCAUUCAACAGUUCCAACGACAGACCCAGACGAGCAUUCAAAACCUAGAAUCUCAAAUCAGUCAACUGGCGUCAUCUGUUAGUAAAUUGGAAUCCCAAGGUAAAUUACCUUCCCAGUCUGUUGUUGAUCCCAAACAAAAUGCUAGUGUUUUUGUCUUUCGCAGUGAAAAGGAGUUGCAACCAAAUAUGAACGAAAAUGACACCAAGUGUACGGAUGUCCAACAAGGUGAACCAGAUCAAAAGAUGGAAAUUUCUCAAAAGCAGACCAACAAACCCAAAACAGCCGACAGUGAAUAUCACAAGGUGUUGAUGGUCAAAACUCCAUUACCGGAAGGAUUUGUUGAAAAAGAAGAAGGGGAAACGAAGGGAACACUUGAAAUUGUUAGCAUAGUGGUGGUAAACAUUCCAUUGAUCGACGCAAUCAAAAGAGCACCUCACUAUGCAAAGUUCCUCAAGGUCUCUGGUCCGAGAACUUAUAAGAAUAAAGCAUUUCACGACAAAAUAAGUUCGAGGAAGAAUUCUCUCAUGAACCUCAAAGUUUUCCUUGGUCCACACCAUCUUUGGGUGCACUAUGUGAAGAAGAAGAGAAUUUAA